AUGCGCACGCAGUCAUUAACAUAUAAAAUGGCGGCAAGUGGUUUUCGCCUGAACUUCCUUCGUGAUCAAGAAAAUAAUUCAGGUUGUAGAAUCUCAUGUAUACUUGUGGAGAACUGGCAAUUACUAUAUUUUAUGUCUAUGUGCAUAAUUCAUUAUGUCAAUGAAAACAUGUCAAUCGAUGUGAUUUCUAAAGCAAAUGCUUUCCCGGUAUAACUUUGUAAGCAUCAUUUAUUGUAAACCUUCAAUUGUGUCACACUUCAAUCAAACAACUCUCAGUUACAAGACUUCCUGUGCUUUAGUAACAGUGUCAGAAUACAGGAUAUAGCUGGUUAACUUGUCUGGCUAACUUUUCAAAUGUCACACAUUCAUGACUCGACUGAUUGUCACAAAGACUGGUCACUUGUCUUUGCGACAUGAUAAAAGAGAAUUUGUUUUGCUGCUUGGAGACUAUGGAGGAUCAGCUCCAACAGCUACAUGUUAUAUAUCUGCCUAGCUGACACAAUGUAGCAUUUGCUGGGACCAGGAGAAAGUGGAAGCCCCUGUAAUACUGUCAUCAGUCUGUUUCUAAACACAACAGGCUGAGUUAGUUCCACCAGUGGUCCACCACUGCUGCACAUCGCAGCAGAACAAAAGAAGGACGGCCUGCAGCGCUGGACUCCCCAUACUGACCGGUCAGUUGGCCUGCUGCAUCUUCCCAAAAGUACAGGAACGGCCUUCAUAGUGGGAGGUCCGUUUGUGAUGACAGCUUUGCACCUAUUUACAGGUUACCAGUUUCAGGGGAAUCUAAGUCCUCAUGAAACAAUCGCAAAACUGUUAAAACAUGAAAACAGUUACUUGCAGUUAGACUUAGGGGUGCGAUUACACUUCAAAGGUUUUGUUUAUGAAAGUCCGAAAUUUGACAUGAUUAUUUUGGAACUUGAUGUUCCCAAGGGAUGUCAACUGCCUCCGCCUUUGCCUCUGAUGUCACAGUCUCACCUCUUGGAUAGUGUAGAUUCACACAAUGUGACCAUCAUGGGGUUUGAUGGACAUGCACAGAAACGUGUUGAUAGGCACUGUCUGACAGUACAAGUUUCAAUAGAAGAAUGCCUUCUGGCUCGUCAACAUCUGCAACAGAUGGGCUUCUGUGGCAACUGGUACAACGGUAAACGGUACGAUGGUGAAUGGUACGGUGACCUCGCCCAGUAUUACCUUCUGCCUGUGAGAACCCACUUCCGACAUGGUGCAUCUGGCGCCCCUGUGGUUGUAGAAAACAAGGGGAAGCCACUGGUCAUCGCGAUGCUCACCAAGGGCUAUCCUGAAUUCUACUGGAACAUUCAUGAUGAACACAAACUAUGCAUUGACCAAACAUUCAUCAUUCAAGCAGCAGUGUGGCUCAUGGCGGUGUCCCCCAGCAUAAAGGAACAAAAUCCACACUGCAGCAAAGAAAUGUUUGGCAUGGAUGACUUCCCUGAAGACUCGAUGGAAUGGUCAGUGACUUGACUCAGAUACCCCAGAAGAAGCACUCUAGUAGCAAGAGAUAGAUGUCGUCAUCUGAAAGAUGCACUAUGAGGUAUGCCCUGAGCCAUGCAGUCAUUACAGUUGACCCUACAGUUACCGGUACAUGCAUCUGGUUCAUCAAUUGCAGCUGUACAUAUAAUGUAAAUAAAUUAUUUAUUUUA